AUGUCCCUCCGAAUCAACAUUCCUCCAGCCACUCGCAGCUGCCUUGUCAGUUUAUUGACGCUCUCCCUUCUCUACAACAUUGCUAGAUGGCGCCAAAUUGACACCACCGGGGGAACACCAACCACCUCACCUCUCGUACCCUACCUGACUCUUGUCCCCUCCUACGUCUUCUACUAUCCCUGGACAAUCGCAACGGCGACAUUUGUCGAGCAAAACAUCUUCACCGUCCUACUCAACGCAGCAACCAUCUUCUAUGGCGGCAAAUACCUGGAACGCGCAUGGGGCUCGCGCGAGUUCAGCAAGUUCAUCGCCGUCGUCGCCGUGAUCCCCUGCGUGGUGAUAGUCCCCAUCUACUUAACAUGGGGCGCAAUCGGCGGCUCCUCGGGUACAACCCUCACACAGAUCUGCGGGGGCGUCUCCAUCCAAGGCUCCUUCCUCGUCGCCUUCAAGCAACUUGUCCCCGAACACACCGUCACAAUCUUAAAGGGCCUCGUCAAGAUACGCGUAAAGCACUUCCCAGCCCUCUUUCUCCUCUUAAACACCAUUAGCGGCUUCAUCUUCGGAACUGACACGGCCGCCGUACUUGCCUGCUUGGGUGUCUUAACAAGCUGGACCUACCUCCGCUUCUACAAGCGCCAGCCCGAUUUAACGGGAACCUCCAACGGCAGCAGCAUCAAAGGUGACGCCAGCGAAACCUUCGCCUUUGCGUGCCUUUUCCCGGAUGUCAUGCAGCCACCCAUCGCCUUCGUCGCGGACCAGAUCUACGCCGCUCUAGUGGCAAUGCGGAUCCUGAGACCGUUCUCAGAGGACGAUAUCGCCUCAGGCAACCAGCAGGUUUUGGCCCGCGGCGAAGCCGGCCUCCCGACACUACUCAGCAGCCAGCGCGGCGGGGCGGACUCAAGGGCGAAGCGUGAGGAAGCAGAACGGAGACGGACACUCGCCCUCCGGGCUUUAGAUCAGCGCUUGCAGGCGGCUACGAUUGCCCGGCCCCAGCCUCAACCGCAAGGCGAGCCGAGCUCAUCUUCGCAGGGGGUUGCUGCUGCCGCCGGUCAGGGUAUGCUGGGUGAAACGAGUUAUGAUCCAGACCAUGCAUGA